AUGGCAUCUACCUCAACCUCUGGUCUAUCAGCGUCAGUCACGCGCAUUUUGUCUUUGACAGGCUUUGCAAAGGAGCUCAAAACCAAAGAUAUCCAAUCUGCAUUCUCGGAAUGGGAGAAUAUUGGCGGAGGGUUCAAGAUUAAAUGGAGAGAUGACACGAGCCUCUUGAUUGUUUUCCAAGAUGCUUCAGUUGCCAAACGAGCAUAUCUCCACACGCUCGCGUUCCCUCCCGCCAUCCUUACUACCGGCAGUUCCGCUACCAUCAAACCGUAUGAUGGACCUGACGCCCAAACUGUCAUUCAGACAGUAAAUACUCGUGGCCACACAGGCAAUGCUUCUCGCGGUCAUAAUUUGCGCGCUGCCUCUAUUUCUGUUUUCCCCAGUCGCAGUGCCAACACGAGUCAGAACGGCAACGGAUUACGCAACGGCAACGGCCAGAAUGGACACGUGCUGAAUGCUACUAUUUCGGAGCAUUCACCAAGGCUCACCAACGGGCGUGAGCCUUCUCCGACCCUUCCGACCCUCCCUUCUCACCCAUCUCUAAAUGACCUCAUAAAUUCGGCCGUGUCACACGAUGAUCCCGCUAUUCUUCACGCGGAAGGCCCACCAAAGAUUGGAGAUCCAGGGAAGAGAAUGUUGGGCGCUGCAUUAGGUGUGAGGCACCCUGCACUGGGACCGCGGGUCAUUAAUGGAAGCCAUGUCACGGGAGGUACAAGUCCCGGUACUAGCCCCAGGGGCAGUGGACUUGAUUCUACCAUGAGGGACAUACAGAGGGCAAUGGGAGGGCUGACUGUCGCCGAGUGA